GCACGCAGAGUUAAAGGCUGACGAUCAUCACACAGAGUCGUCACGUCACGGAUCCGCAGCGACCGAUAAGAGAUGCUGAGGUGACAGGCAGGCAGGCAGCAGAAGGAGAAAGGGGCCGAUCACGCACUCGCACACUCAUUCCCCCACGCCGCGUCCGUCGGUAAUCCCCGUCCCUUGUCCCGUGGACGCGCCGCUGCUAUGGGCUUCAGCUCCAUGUUGUCCCCGCCGCCGCCGCCUCCAAACGGACUGGAUUUUUUCUAACCACACCCGGCGGCUCAAGGAUUGGCAGCGAAAGACCCGAGGGUUCUCUGUCAGGGGCUCAGAUGCCUGGCCCAGUCUGAGGUGGAGGUGGGAGGAAGCAGCGAGGACAGCGUCCCUGGUCCACAGACGGGAUGAGCGGGGGGGCGGAGCAAGCUGACAUACUGAGCGUGCUCUCCCUGGUCAAGGAACGAUGGAAAGUGGUGAAGAAGAUCGGGGGUGGUGGUUUUGGGGAGAUCUACGAGGCGUUGGACCUGCUGACGCGGGUCAGCGUGGCACUGAAGGUGGAGUCUGCUCAGCAGCCCAAACAGGUGCUCAAGAUGGAGGUGGCUGUGCUCAAGAAGCUCCAGGGUAAAGACCACGUAUGUCGCUUUGUUGGAUGUGGCCGCAAUGACCGCUUCAACUAUGUUGUGAUGGAGCUUCAGGGCCGUAACCUUGCAGACCUGAGGAGGAGUAUGACCCGGGGGACGUUUAGCAUCAGCACUACUCUGCGUUUAGGUCGCCAAAUCCUGGAGGCCAUAGAGAGCAUCCACUCUGUGGGGUUCUUGCAUCGUGACAUUAAACCGUCCAAUUUUGCCAUGGGUCGUUUUCCAAGCACUUGUCGAACCUGCUACAUGCUGGACUUCGGUUUAGCUCGCCAGUUCACCAACUCUUGUCAGGAGGUCCGACCUCCCCGUCCAGUUGCAGGGUUCAGAGGAACAGUCCGCUAUGCAUCUGUCAAUGCGCAUAAGAAUAAAGAGAUGGGGCGUCACGAUGACCUGUGGUCCCUCUUCUACAUGCUGGUUGAGUUCUUGGUCGGUCAGUUGCCGUGGAGGAAGAUCAAGGACAAAGAGCAUGUGGGGAAACUGAAGGACACCUAUGACCAUCGUCUGAUGCUCAAACACCUGCCGGCUGAGUUUGGCGUGUUCUUGGAACACAUCUCCAGCCUCGACUACUUCACCAAGCCUGACUACCAGCUGCUGAUGUCAGUGUUUGACAACAGCAUGAAAACUUACAAUGUUGUUGAGAAUGACCCCUAUGACUGGGAGCGGACCGGCACAGAUGGUACCCUGACAAUCAGCGCCAGUGCCACUACACCCCAGCAUCAUACCCGUCUCACUCCAGCACACAUGGGUAUGGCCAAUGCCUCUCUGAUCCCUGGUGACCUGAUGAGGGAGAACACAGAUGAGGUUCUGCAGGAUGAGCAGCUCAGCGACGUGGAGAACAAUCCUGCUCCUGAGCGCCUGCCGGGCUCUCCCAUCCAUCAUCACCGCAACCAGGAAGCCGACGUCUGGGAGGAGCUUGAUCGUAACCGCAAUCGCAUCAGGACUGCAGUCUGGAAGGCUGGAACGGAGGAGGAACAUAGCAACAACCAGGGAAACCAAGGCCAGCAGAGCCCCUAUGCCGGGCCCAGUCUGGGCUCCCCAGUGAAAGUGCACUCAGAGGUGGCAGCUUCAGAUCGAGACGGCCCUCUGCUGAGGAAGCUCCGCAACAUCCACAGCUUUGAGCUGGAGAGGAGGCUGGGCCUGGAGUCCAAGCCCAGUCCAGAGCGCUUCCUAGAGGCCUGCACUACCAAGCAGCACCUUGGAUCUCAACAGCAGGAGAAAGAGGCCGACGGGGCUGCGAUCAUCCCAGUAACUCAGGGUCAAGCGCUUCCUGCUGGAGAGCGCCCUGAUCGGGUCUGGCACUACGACGAGGAGUUCCUGUCAGGUGGCGGUUCACCUAAGCCAGCGUCCCCUGGAUCUCUGGAGCAGGGAGAGGGGGCAGCCAGCAGUGGGGGCUUUGUGGCCCUUAAUCUGAGUUCUGGGAGGCAGGACAUUGACUCAAGGGAGUGGGUCAUGGUGGAGCAGCCCAACGGUUCAGCAGGGGCUAAGGCUACCACCAGCCCAUCUGAGGAGGAGGAGGAAGAGCCCGAGGUGCUCCAGCCGGGAGAAAAUUCUCCUGGGUGGGGAAAGGGCAGUCCGAGCCCUAGCUCUGGAAAAGGUAAACGAGAAAGCCUGGCUUCCUCCAAGGGGAGUGCAAAAGUGGACAAGCUGGAGCUUAGUGUGGGCCCUGCAGGGGUUCUACCCCCUGUCACUCCCACUAGUCCAGCUGAAGCUCUGGCUGAGGGAGUACUGACUCAGUUCCCCACUUCUCCUCCGUCACUGCCCGAGGAGGUUGCAGCCCGGAUGUCCAGCCCCAUCCCUCUACGUUCUCCCAGCCCUCACACUCUCCUGACCACCCUGUCGGACCCGCUGCACCAGCGCCAACUGCCGGGCAUGAGGCGCAGCCAAUCUGCCGACCAUCAGCAGCAAGAACGCCCCUCCUCUUCCUCUUCCUGCCACGCCUCCCUACCACUACCGCCAAACCCCACCCCCGGCACCCGCUCACCCAGUCGUAGGAAACUUCCGGCCAUCCCGGCGGGUGCUUCCAACACCAAGUUUCCCUCAGUCAUACGUAUCACUCGUGCCCAGCUUCAGCAGCUGACAGCUCAGCGUCCCUCUGUGCUGUCCUCACAGUCAGGAUCAGACAGUGCUCCACAGUGCCUCCUUCUGGAGAGGCGUGGUGAAGCUGAGGCUGAAACUCAGCACAUCCAGGAGCACACAGCGGACAUCAACUCCCCCCAGGACCAACUGCCCACCCAUCCAGGGACUCCCACAGACCCCUUGGCUGAGACGCUGGUCAAUGGAGACAGCCACACCAAAGCUCAGAGCCCCGUGCCCAGCCGGGUGUCCUCCCCCCGUUCUCCCCGCUCGCCACGCUCACCUCCGCCACGCUCGCCUUCCUCUCCACGCUCUCCUCGCACUCCUCGUUCCCCCCGCAGCCCUUUGUUCGCCAAUGGUGACCCCUCACCCCUGGUUGACAGCCAAAAGGAAUUAACUAAUUUUCCCAAGCUGAAAGACACUGAGAAGGAUUCGACCCCCUGUGCGACGGAGCUGCAGCUAAAGGAGGAGCCCAUUGGAGAAGUGAACCAUGUUCCAGAGCAGUCCACUGGUCCAGCCUCCUCUCCUCCUCCUGCCCCCCGUAAAGACCCCAGCCGCAGACAAAGUCGCAUACCUGUGCUUGAGCCUUCUAGCCUACUGGAGAUCCCUGCUCCGGGCUCCGCCAAGGAGAAGCUCCUGCAGAAGAAAGCCAGCCACCACGGCCCGGUCCCCUCUCCCACUGCGUCACCGUCCCUUUCUGACAGGCGUGGUCCCAUGGUGGCCUCUCUGGCUCGGGACCCGCUGUCCUCCACCUCUGACCGCUCUCAGGAAGAGGACUCCCUCAUGGGCUCCCGUUCUGACCGGCAGGGCGAUGACGCUCCAUCCCUCUCCUCCUCCUCUAGCCCACUGUCCCGCAAGAGCCGGAUCCCUCGUCCGGUCCAUCCCGCUUCCUCUGCUGAGCAGCUGGCUGCGCAAUUCCUGCCACACCCACCUCCUGGAAAGCCGCCUUGCCGCCCCACAGUGGAGGGCAGACUUAGGCGUUACCGGAUUCGAGCCGGCAGCAACAGUGACUCAGACCUCCUGACAUGCCUUGCCCAGCUGGUGCACGGCUCCCGCGGCUCCCCGCUUCACCACCGCUCCUCGGCCCAGCACGGGGGCUCCAGGAUGGGCAUCUGCAGCCUGACCAGCUCUCCGCACCACCACCGCAGCUCUAGUGCUUCCCCACGUAGCUCCUCCUCCCUGCAGCGCUCCGUCAGCUCCUCUCCCUCCCGCCACGAGCACCGUAGCGGCGGAGGAGGAGGGGGCUGCCUGGGCCGCAGCCGCUCCCCUCCCAGCUUCUCCGGUUCGCCGCCUCCCCGCCGCUUCUACCCACACCAUCAGGAGACUUGCUGCAGCCGCCAAGCCCGCACCAGCCCCUUCCACCUGUCCAGGGGAAAAGGGUGCAGUCGAGAGGGCAAGUACUCCAGCAAGCUAAGCAGAUAGUCAGCCACCAGGCCACAGCAGAGGAUGGGAAGACUCCAGGCAGGAUAGGGUGAAAAGCCUGAGUCUUCCUGUUUUAACUAUUAUACAUCCAAGUCCCAUUCUUUUACUAUUCUGUCUGAACAUGCAGGGCUGGGCGAUACGACGAAAAGUAUGAUUAUAAUAAUAAUUUUUUCUACAAUGAUCAAUACUGAUAUUCAGAACUAUAUAAUUUGAGAAUGCUGCCAUCUCGGUAAUACCUGAAAGCUAAAGAAGGAGGGUUUAAUUGGCUAAACUUCAGAAUCACUUCAGAAGGGAGCUUUUUUUUUUCAUCCUCUCGGUAUGAUGACAGAUGUA